ACAUACCUUCACCUUAAACAAAUUUUUUUCUUCAAAGAUUCUGAUAAAGAUCGACGGUACCCAUUUUUCUCUUUUUCUGCCUGCAAGAUCAUAAAAAUUUUGGACUUACACAUAGGAGUCUUGAAUAAAAAACAAUGAUUCGAGGCAUCUCUGAGAUCGCAGCGAUGUGUGUUGGACUGAUUGGGCUGAUCGGAGCCUCUGCUACGACUGGCUUGCCUAUGUGGAAGGUCACCGCUUUCAUUGGAGCAAACAUCAUUGUGAUGGAGACGCGUUGGGAGGGCUUGUGGAUGAACUGCUACAGACAGGCAAACAUCAGGAUGCAGUGUAAGGUGUACGACUCCUUAUUGUAUCUUCCUCCUGACCUGCAGGCUGCCAGGGGUCUGAUGUGCUGUUCUGUAGCCUUGUCAGGGUUAGGGCUCUUGGUAGCUCUAGCAGGGAUGAAAUGCAUUUCCUGCUUUCAAGGUAGCAAAUGGGCUAAAACAAUUAUUCUGAUGGUUGCUGGAGCAAUGCAGUUCAUGGCCUGUAUUUGUGUUUUUAUACCCGUGUCUUGGACUGGUCAUGUCAUUAUAAGUGAUUUUUACAAUCCACUGCUGAUUGAUGCCGAAAGGAGAGAGCUGGGAGAAGCUCUUUACAUCGGUUGGGUGACGGGAGCCUUACUUUUUGCCUCAGCUUUACUGUUUAUCUGUAGACGGAUACCCUCAGAAAGAGGGUCAUUUGACGUAUAUCCCCCACUUAAACUGCUGAAUUACAGGACAGAGGUGAACAGACCUGCAAUGACAAGAUAUCACCCCAUCUCCAGCAUUCCAAGCAUCCAGUCGAAUGCACAUCAAAGUACUCUUCAGAGCAACAGCUUGGUUGGGCAACAAAAUUUAUUUCCACCACAAAAUGUCAAUCAAGUAAUAAGCAAUGGAGCCCUGAUGAACCCAACUAUUGUCUACACUCCUGGUCCUGAAAAUGCAUCAAUCCUCUAUCAAAGUAGCAUGGCUCAUCAAUCUUCAGUGGGGAGCUCUCCCCACUCUGGAAGCAUAUACGCUCCAGGAAACUCUUUAUAUGUGACCCAAAACCCCACUCUGUAUACAACAACUUACACCGGCAAUACACCUUCAUCUUUCCAGUCAAGCUUUCAUCCUGUUGCACAAACUCCUGUUUUCAUAGCCUAUAAGGAAUCCAUGGUUCACCCAGAGACUCGCAGCCUUAGCCACAAUGGAGUGUACAUAUAAAGUAAAGUUUAUAUGUAAACUUGUAUGUAAAUGUAAAGUUAAUGAAAAAGAAAUUUUCCUGAGCUAUAGACCACUUAAGAUCACAUAAUUCUGAUAUGGGUAUUUUUCUUCAGUGUAUCAAACCUGCUCUUGGGAACAUAAGUCUGUUGC